AUGAGAAACAUCAAAGGUCUUGACCUUUUCCGAAAAUCAAUUGGGAUCUCUGAACAAACAUCAUUAGGAGGAAUAAUCACUCUUAUAGCACUUUCCUCUAUGGGAAUACUCUUCUUCUCAGAAAUUUCGUAUUACUUUGAGAAUACCAUCAAUAAAGAAACAAUGAUAGAUCAAGACAGAGGUGCCAAGCUACUCCCAAUUAACCUAAAUAUCACACUAUUUAGAUCACCCUGCCUCACUGUAAGCUUGGAUCAGCUAGACAGCUUAGGCAACCAUGUCGUUGACGUAGGUGGAGCAUUAACUAAGACACGUCUCGAUAAAAAUGGUAAUCGAAUUACUGAGAAAUUGCCAAAUCUCGAUAUAAGCAACGCUAUAAAAAUGAUCGAAGAAGAAGAAGGCUGCGAACUCUCAGGCAAUUUUUCAGUCACAAAGACCCCUGGGAAUUUCCAUAUAAGUUUUCAUGCGACACAUCAAAUAAUGACAUCAAUCCCUCGACAGACUUUAUCAAAAGUCAGGCUAAGCCACAGAAUAAACCAUCUGAGCUAUGGGAAAGAACAGAGAAACCAUUAUAUUCACUCGAUUUUUGGCAAUGGAGAACAAACUAAUUUUGCACCUUAUGAUGGGCUUGAAAAAAAUGACGCACCUGGGCAAGUCAUAAAAUAUGAAUAUAAUAUUAAGGUUAUACCUGUGCAGUAUUAUGAUGAAAGCUCUGGGGAAGAACUGAAUAGCUACCAGUAUUCCAUGGUGGGGUCUAAUGAGCCGUUUAACUCUGUGUUUGGGAUUAUUUAUUUUAGGUAUGAUGUUGAUGGUAUCACUAUGAGGUAUACAAGAGUCACAAAAUCACUGCCAAGUCUGCUGGUUUCGAUGAGUGCAAUUUUAGGAGGGAUUUUUGCGGUGCUAGGAAUAAUCCAUUCAGUGAUGCAAGAAGCAAUAAGAAAAGCCAAAUAA